AUUGCUCGCAGAUUUCUUCGCCCUCAUUGGUUCACAGCAGCGGGGUCCGUGUGAACCGGGAAGAGGAGGGGGAGCUGUGGUCAAACCCUCCGCGACCUAAACAGCAUCAGGAGGGAGAGAGGGGAGGAGAGCCGCAACCCGCAGCAGCAGCAGCAGCGUCGCAGCCCCGCUCUCAGCCUGCAUGGGCUAGCUGGUCGAUUAGCUAGCUUUAGCAUCGUCCGACUACGCCGCACCGCCUCUCUCCUGCCGCCGAAAACCCCGGGGUUGUUAUCUCCGUGUUUUCCUCUCCGUCCCCCCCGCCGGUCCUGCCUCCCCUCCCGCCCGGCUCCAAGAUGAUGAAGUUUAGGUUUCGUCGGCAGGGCACCGACCCGCAGAGGGAGAAGAUAAAACAGGAGCUGUUCGCCUUCAACAAGACUGUGGAACAUGGCUUCCCUCAUCAGCCCAGUGCUUUGGCCUUUGACCCAAAGCUGCAACUCAUGGCCAUCGGGACAAAAUCAGGAGCCAUCAAAGUCUACGGAGCCCCUGGUGUGGAAUUCACAGGACUACACAAAGAUACCACUGCUGUCACACAGAUCCAUUUCCUGCCUGGACAGGGCCGCCUCCUGUCCUUGCUGGACGACAACACGAUUUACCUGUGGGAGCUGGUGGCUGGUGCCCCAAGAGAGGUGGGCGGAGUAAAGAAAGACGGCGUGGUCUGUCUACAGGAAGUGAGCAGCUACAGCCUUCCAGGACGACCUGGCAUUGAGAGCUGCAGUGCCACUCGGGUGACUGUCCUCCUCUUGCUGAGGUCAUAUGACCUGCUCUGCAUUGGAACCGAGGGAGGGGGCGUGUACUUCCUGGAGUUGCCCAGUCUCACGUUGAAAGACAGCCAGACGCUGCUCCAGGAUCAGAUCACACAAAGCCUGCCAGAUGAUUACAGAUGUGGGAAAUCCCUGGGGCCGGUGGAAUCUCUACAGGAACAUCCCCAGCAGCCAGGGAAGAUUCUGAUUGGCUACAGCCGGGGCCUGGUGGUCCUGUGGGAUCUGAGCACACGUCAAGUUGAGCAGCUCUUCCUGGGCAAACAGCAGCUGGAGAGCCUGGUGUGGGAACGUUCAGGAAACUUGUUUGUCAGUUCUCAUAACGAUGGAAGCUACUCUGUGUGGGCUGUUACUAAUGGCAACACCUGCAAUCAGCAGCCAGUGUCCUCCACCAUCCCAUAUGGUCCAUUUCCCUGCAAGGCCAUCAACAAGAUCCUGUGGAGGACAACACAGACGGGAUCUCCAGUGUUGUUAUACAGUGGAGGGAUGCCCAGAGCUAGCUAUGGUGACCGCCAUUGUCUGACCAUCCAACAGGACAAGGAACAUGUCACUCUCGACUUCACAUCAAGAGUCAUUGACUUCUUCACUGUCCACAGCAUAGAGCAGGAGAAAGAGUUCGAUGAGCCGUCUGCUUUGGUUGUGCUACUGGAAGAGGAGCUGCUUGUGAUAGACCUCCAGACCCCCGGUUGGCCCUCUCUGCCUACUCCUUACCUGGCUCCUCUCCACUCCUCAGCCAUCACCUGCUCCUUCCACAUCUCCAGCGUCCCUCCCAAACUCUGGGAGAGGUUGGUAAACGCUGGCAAAGCACAGCAGGGCCGACAACAUGCACACGGGAGUUGGCCCAUAUGCGGAGGGAAAAACCUGGCACCUCCACCCAGGCAACAAGAGCUGCUGUUGACAGGGCAUGAAGACGGCACUGUGCGUUUCUGGGAUGCCUCAGGUGUCGCUCUUACCCCGCUGUACAAACUCGGCACGGCCAACGUCUUCCACACUGACUGUGACCCUUGUGACGAUCCCCAGGAUCCUAGCAACGACCCUGACAUGCAACAGGAAGAGGAAUGGCCACCCUUUAGGAAGGUGGGCUGUUUUGACCCAUACAGCGAUGACCCCAGGCUUGGCAUCCAGAAGAUCAGUCUGUGCAAAUACAGCAACAAGCUGGUGGUGGCUGGAACUGCUGGACAGGUGAUUGUUCUGGGUUUGAGCGACGAGCGUUCGGAUCACAUGGUGGACGUGUCAGUGGUUGAUCUGCUGCAGGACAGGGAGGGCUUCACCUGGAAGGGCCACGACAGGCUUGAGCCGCGCCUUAAACCCGCCCCUUUCCCUCCAGGCUUCCAGCCAUUGGUGCUGGUGCAGUGCCUUCCUCCGGCAUCUGUCACUGCGGUGGCGCUGCAUGCCGAGUGGAACCUGAUCUCCUUUGGGACGAGUCAUGGAUUCGGCUUGUUUGACUACCACAGACGAAAUGCUGUGCUUGCCAGGUGUACCCUGCACCCAAAUGAUUCCCUGGCAAUGGAGGGUCCCCUGUCCAGAGUCAAGUCCUUGAAAAAGUCCUUACGACAGAGCUUCAGACGCAUCCGGAAGAGCAGGGUGUCAGGGAAGAAACGCACCAUCACCACACCCACCAGCAAGGUUCAGGAGGCCAACGCUGCACUAGCAGAGCAGGAGGAUGUGGCACCGGUACAGCGGAGGAUUGAACCGCGGUCAGCUGACGACUCGCUGUCGGGAGUGGUCCGAUGCCUCUGCUUCGCUGACACCUUUUUACGUGACGGUACGCACCACGGCCCCACGCUUUGGGCGGGCACCAACUCGGGCAGUGUGUACGCCUACGCUCUGGAAGUGCCUGGUGUAGGAUCGGGACGUGCAUGCGAGCGUGGCGGAGCUGGCGAGAGCAGCGUGUGUGUGGAGGCGGUGCUGGGUAAAGAAAUCCAGCUGAUGCACAGGGCCCCCGUGGUGUCCAUCUGUGUGUUGGACGGCCGGGGGAAGCCGCUACCAGACCCAUACGAAGCUUCCCAGGACCUCGCCAUCGCGCCAGACAUGACCAAUGCUCACUCUGUGCUAAUCGCCUCAGAGGAGCAGCUAAAGGUGUUCUCUCUUCCGAAGGUGAGCGCCAAGACCAAGUUCAAGCUAACGGCACACGAAGGCUGUCGGGUGAGGAAAGUGGCCCUGGUGGCCUUCAGCUCCACGGCUCAGGAAGACUACAGCGAACACACACUGGUCUGUCUGACCAACCUGGGCGACAUGCACCUCUUUAACAUACCUCCCCUGCGACCACAGGUACGCUACGACUGCAUCCGUAAAGAAGACAUCAGCGGCAUUGCAUCCUGCGUCUUCACCAAGAACGGACAGGGUUUUUACCUGAUCUCUCCUUCAGAGUACGAGAGGUUCUCCCUGUCUGCCAAGGUCAUCACUGAACCGCUCUGUUCUGUUCAGCUGGACCGGCCGCUAGAGCCCACACCUGCCAGUGAUGGUACGACGACACAGCCACAGGCCAACGGAACCCACAAGAACCAGAUGGGUCAGGCUGAGGGGCAAACAGAAGAGCCUCCCAGCGCCCUGUCCUCUCCCAUCCUGGACACCCCGCUGGACUCCCCCCUCAGCUGUGCUGACCUCACCCUCGACUCCACCGGAGAACUGACUGUGGAGGACGUCAGGGAUUUUCUAACCACUGUGGACGAGGCAGAGAACAACCUAAAGAACAUUAAAGAGGAGGAGGGACGCUCGACCGGCAUCCUCAUCAACUGAGCAGUAUCACAGGGAGGGGCUCAGGUGGUCUGGAUGGACUGGAUUUCAGUGCUGGACCACAAACAUCUCUGUGCCAUCUGCCCACUGUGGAGCCCCCCAGCCAAUCCCUCUGCACUCUCCUGUCAGCCCGGCACAAACCUAGAGGACAGAAUACAACAGCAAAGACUCUGGUUGUGAUUCCUCCCGCUGGAGGAACAAAAUCUUCGUCUCCUAUAACCACUUUGGAAACAUGACGUUGCCUCCCACUCGGAGACAGAGACAGCCUACUGAGCACAGCGUAGCGCCUGGAUGGACCUGAACUGAAAUUUCUGUCAUCUGGCUCAACGCUCCCAUGAGAUCGUUCCUCCUCGGCCCCCCCCCCCUCUACAUUCUGCGAAGGAGACUCCCCGUGACGUUUCUGUGGGUUUUUUUUUUUUUUUUUUUUACAAUUCUAUCCACAGAUUUGUGGCGCACUGGGAUCGGUCUGAGGUUUCCACACAGUUGGAACUGGAAGCGGCAGUCGCCAAAUGUGCUCGGUGAUUCCUCUCGUGGAUGUGCUGGAUUGUUCCACCACAGCCCUGCGAGUGAGCUGUGUUUAUGAACCGAGGAGAUCCAGCAGAGACUGAAAGGAAGCAUUCUAGAGAGUAAAUGAAGUAUUUUGAGUAUUGAAGGCUGUAGCAUUUGUAACCCUUCUCCCUUGUAGGUGCCAUUAAAGGCAGUUGAAUCGCCUUACCCAGCCUCCUGUGCGAGGCGGUGCGUAAAUCAACUGUUUUCAAAAAUAAGUGAGGCAAAACAAGCACAUCAAGAAGCUCUCUGUUUAAACUCUUGGUAAAGAAGAAAAAAAAACUGAGUGCUGGGAUAAUGAAGGUGCUUUAUUAAAAUAUGUUUUGUAUGGCUUUUGAAGAAAGUAAAAGAUGUUUUACAAAUGGAACAGGGGGACACAAGAGGAGAAUUCACUUGAUUUUUAAAAGGGACCCAGCUGGUGAAGAGGGGAGGCGAAGGUGGUACUGUGUAUUUAGGACUAGAGCAGGUAGAGAGGUAUUUUUGACACUUUUUUGAGAGAUGUUUAUUGCUGAAUGCAUGGCCUAGGUUGGGAGUACAUCCAUAAACUCUUAAUUCUGUUUCCAUCACACACACACAAAAAUGCAAAACUGGGCCUUGCGUGACGUGAGGAGGAGGUGGGAGUGGAACACGGAGGUCUAAUGGUACGACGCACCUGUAGUGAAUUUAGAUAAGCGUUUUGGCAUCAAAGUUAGAUUUUAUCCUUGUUUUGUGCUCUAGUCUGGUUAAAUCAGAGCAGAUGAGGAGAGGAAUAAGUGGAUGAAGGUGAGGGAUGUGGUGAAAUGACAAGUGGUUAAAUCCUCCCUCCUCUGUUAACGUCACAUCAUCUCACACAGACAUUUGUUUUGGCGGAACUCAGGGAAGUGUGGCAAGGGAAGCAAAAGUGAAUCUGAAUGGUGAAGUGUAAUGUACUGUGUACUACGAUGCACCCAGGAGAGAUGUCUUAUUUUUUUUUUGGGGGGGGGGGGUCUGUGAAUUGGUGCAUUCUGGGUAAUAUUGGUUAGACGCAGAGCUUUCUCAUCACCAGUGUUUUUAACCCCUUUUUUAAAAAAAGUUUUACUGUGUAAAAACAAAACUAUAUACAGUUAUCUAUACCUAGGUUUACAGCAGACAGGUUUACAACAGCGAGCCGAUGAUAGUACAACGGUAGAAGUAGAACCUGUCGUAGCCUAAAAACUGCUCAGUAUUCAAGCUUUUUCCGAUCACCUCACAUAAAAACAAAAUAUAUAAGAAAAAAGGGACCUCACUAUUAACUAAUGUAGCUCAACAGGUAGGAAACAUGUUAAUGCUUUUUUACUUUUGUGUUAGCUUCUUUUUGGUGCUCUGGUUGACACACAGAUAAUUAACCCUUUGAUGCUACAGCUGGCACAAUUUACCUUUUUAAUUCCACAAUUAAGAUGAAUUUGUUUCUACUUUGUCGUUCAGUUGUGUGUAGGAUUUUAAUCGGGUCGUUUAGCGUUUUUGGCUGAUGAAGAAUUGUGAAUGUUAAUAAAAUUAUUUACUCUCUCUAUUGGGA